CGGGCGAGGAUAUGUUGUUUUAAAUUGUUGCUAAAUUGUUACAGGGCGCUAGAAACAUAAAAACUCUAUCGAUCACGAUGGCGGAUAAUGCUGCUGUAGCCUCCAAACAAUAUGAUGAACUUGAUUUUAGUUUUAUGCCUGAAAAUCCCGAGACGCAUUCACAAAAACUAGUGAGAAAAAUUAAAGAAAACCCUUUUGUACCAGUAGGUAUGGGAUUGACUGUUACAGCAUUAGUACUGGGGAUUGCAAAUUUUCAACGAGGAAACCAGCGUAACCAACAACUAAUGAUGAGAGCUCGAGUUGUCGCGCAAGGUGGUACCGUGAUGGCUUUAGUGGUCGGACUUUAUUUGGCUGCUACCAAAGAUAAGAAAAAAUAACUUUAACAUUUAUGUUUUAUUUAAACAAUAACAAUGAUGCCUUUAUUAACAUAACUUAAAAUGCGAAUGACAGAUUUAAUCAAACUGAAAGAUCAUUUCAUUGACUGGUGAAGAAAAGACAAUUGUAAUUUUUAGAAAAUAUUUAAUGCCGAACUUUUUUUUCUUACUCAGCAUUUAGUAUUGAUGACAUUUUUUGUACAUGGAAUACGCUACCAACGUUUUAACGUUUUCUCGAAUGCGAAAAAGUAAAGCCUAGUUAUAUAUAAAGAGCCGUGUGAUAAUUUGCUACUGGAUAUAAACCUGGAGUUGACGGUUUUCGAUAUAACUCGAAGAAUGGAGCAGAAGUUGUAGAUAGAUAAAAUUUGAAGACUUGUGAGUAUACAAUAAUUUUUUGAAUAAACUUGAAAUCGCUUAAUUUGCCAAAUGAGACUACGCUAACACGUUA